AUGGAAAAGGAGAUACUUAUUUCUGAUGAUGAGUAUGAAACACGCUGUGCGGUACUUGAAGAGGGGGUGCUGAAUGAAAUUUAUAUUGAACGGAAAGCAGCGGCGCAGACAUUGGGAAAUCUUUACAAAGGAAGAGUCGAGAACGUUUUACCCGGAAUGCAGGUAGCCUUCGUUGAUAUUGGGUUGGAUCGGCACGCCUUUCUACAUAUUUCUGAUCUCAAAUACGAGAGUGCUAACGAAGAUGAAACUGAAGAUGAAAAUGUGAACGGAAACCGGAAACUCGACAAAGAUGUGAGUACAUUGGAUUUGAAAGCAAAGCCUGCUAAACAAUCCCGAGGCGGGCGCGGGUUUCCAUUUCUCAUUAGCGACCUCAUCUCAAAGAGGCAAGAACUUCUCGUGCAAGUCGGAAAAGAACCUAUCGGGACAAAGGGGGCACGCGUCACCAGUAACAUUACACUCCCUGGACGCUGUGUCGUCUAUAUGCCAAAUUCCUCUAAUAUUGGCGUGUCACGCCGGAUUGAGUCCGCUACUGAGCGAGACAGACUACGCAAUAUGGCAAAGACGAUUAAAGCGGAUGUUGAGGGUGGCUUUAUCAUACGGACUGCCGCUGAGGGAUUAAGCGAAUCCGAAUUUUCAUCUGAAAUCCGAUACCUCAUCAAACAGUGGAAGCAGAUCGGUGAACGUGCCAAGCGGAAAUCCGCUCCCAGUCUUGUGAGUAAAGACCUGAGUUUUACGAACAGGGUCGUUCGGGAUAUGCUGACCAAGGAUGUCAAGCAACUGCUCAUCGACUCAAAGACCGAAGCCAUGGUAUCCAUUGAUGUCAACACUGGACGCUUCGUCGGAAAAUCUGACCCGGACAACACGAUUCUCAGUGCGAACCUUGAGGCUGUCGAGGAGGUCGUCCGCCAGAUUCAAUUACGCGAUCUCGGCGGGAUUAUUGUCGUUGAUUUCAUUGAUAUGGAAGAGGUAUCGCAUCGCAAGCGCGUCUUCAAGCUGUUACAGGAAGCACUCCGGAAGGACCGCGCACGCACCAACAUCCUCCACAUCUCGGACUUAGGACUCGUUGAGAUGACGCGCCAACGCACCCGACCGAGUCUCUCUACGCUACUUAUGGAGGAAUGUCCCUACUGCGAUGGACAUGGCACUGUCCUAUCCAUUGAAACCGUUGUCAUUCAGCUGCUCCGUGCGAUUAAAAUGGCACAUAACCAGGCGGGGCACUCAGAAUUACGCGUUAUCGCCAACGACUAUGUCGUCUCGCAUAUCAAGUCGCAGAUGGCGAAUAAAUUGCAAGAUCUCAAGAAGUUGUUGAAAUUAGAUUUAACGCUGGAAGCGGAUGCCGAUCUGCACCUCGAAGAUUAUCGGAUCUUCGUCGGCAGAGGUGAAGAGUUAUUUUUGGAUUAA